CCAUUUCUUCACCUCAUCCUCCAUUCUCUUCGGCCUGUCUAACUCUUCCUUCCGUGCAACACUACUUCUUCCAAGAUGGUUGCAACUCUGAAGACGGAGAUCGAGCUCAAGUCCUCUGCUGAUAACCUCUGGAAGGCCAUCUCUGAGUCGACUGAGCUCUUCCCCAAGAUCUUCCCCGAUCAGUACAAGAGCAUCACCAUCAUUGAAGGAGAUGGCAAGUCGGUAGGCACAAUCCGAGAGAUCAAAUAUGGUGAAGGAAUCCCAAUUGUGACCUUUGGCAAGGAAAAAGUGUUGGUAGCUGAUGAUGCAAACAAGACAGUCAGCUACACAGUCAUUGAAGGAGAAAUAUUGAACUUCUUCAAGGUUUUCACUCCAACUGUGAAGGUCUUCCCCAGUGAGGACGGCAAGGCAUGCAAAGUAGUGUGGGAUGUUGAGUAUGAGAAAGCCAAUGAUGAGGUUGGGGAGCCUACCAUGAUCCAGGAGUUUGCAGUGAACACUCUCAAGGCACUGGAUGAACAUCUCCUGACUGCUGCUGCAUGAGAUUACGAAUUUAGUCAGACUUUGCCUUUCGAGUUGUUAGUCUAAAUAACUAUAGUUGAAGUAAUCAGGCUUUUUGGUUAUCAUCUUCAUCAGCAAUGUGAGAUUUGGGUCUUUGGACUAUUUGGAUAUCACUGUGAUAGAGAAGAGAGUCUGAGAUGAUCCAUUUGAAGAUUUUCAGUGUGCUUGUUCCACCCAUUAUUAAUAAGAAGCCGUUCCCUGUGUUGUGGCAAAA